AUGACGUUAGGACUGAGGUGUAAGUGCUUGCUGGCUGUGCUGACGCUGUGUGUGUGCUGGGAAGAUGUCGCCGAGGCGGUGACAAAACAACAGCUUACCUACAUAGCCGGUAGAAUCGCAGAGAUCCAUGGGAAGGUGAACAGAACCAGUGUGAGAGUGACUGACACCAGCCUGUCUCUCCGGGCCAUGGCGAACCGAGGUCUUCCCAGCGUGCACCUGCUCACACAGCCGACAUUCCGCCACACGCCUGUUCAUAACGUCAGAACUACACAACAACCACCUGCCGUCUGCCCAGCCGGCUACCGGCCGCUCGUCGGGACCUGCAUCCGGCUCGUCUCCCAGGAGUUGUCCCAUGACGGUGCCCGCCUGGCCUGCCUGGAGGACGGAGCCAUACUGGCCAUGCCCAAGACACGAGAACUGGACGUCGCUCUGAGAGAACUGGUCAGGACCGAUGGAGGCAACGAAGAUUACUGGAUCGGCAUGUGGGAAGGCACAGGGUACACGGACUGGCAGUGGAUGGACGGGUCUCAACUGCACACCUAUGACUACCAGGCCUGGAACCCAGGAGAGCCCAGUAACGUUGACUGGCUUCUGUGGGACAAUUGCGUCCAGUACUGGUCAGAACCAACCGGCUACCCCCUGUGGGACGACGCUGAUUGCUUCUACUACAAGAGGUACAUCUGUCAAGCAGCCCGUCUCUGAGACAAAACGUCAACAAACGCACAUCAGAAAAGUUCAUCUGUGUUAGUAGAAGUCAAGUUUAAACUGUAAUCUCC